AUGGCUCAUUGCUCGGAGGACACCUCGGCCGAGAAUCCGACAGGAAUCAAUGUCUUAAUCGUCGGCGGAGGGCUUGCUGGAUUGUCAGCUGCACUAGAAUGCCACCGCAAGGGGCAUUCGGUGCGUCUGUUGGACCGAUCGUCUCAAUCAAGUGCUCAAGGUGAUAUGGUCACGAUCGGGCCCAGUGCUCGCACGUUGCUGAAGCACUACCCGGAAAUGCAACGAGAGUGCGACAUGGCCACUCCACAUGGCCUGUGGAUGAGACAUUGCUUGUGGACCGGAGAAGUGAUUUCGGAGCCUCACUCAGUGGAGGGUGCUGCUGCCCCUGGCUCAGCAUCCUUGAAAAGUGAAACUACACGACUUUUGCCGCAAGCUCAUCAGCGUCCGAAGUUCCACGCCAUGCUCUGUCGCCAACUUCAGCGCUUCGGUAUUCCGAUAGAGUCUGAUCUGCGAGUCGUAGAGUAUUACGAAGAUGCCGAGCGUGGCAUCGGCGGAGUCGUUACCGAAGGCGGAGAGCGGUUCGAGGCCGAUAUUGUCAUUGCUGCCGAUGGUACCAAUUCCUCUUCGGAAGCGAUCAUUGCUGAUCCAGCGCCAAUUCCUCAACCCACUAAUCGCACCGUCUUUCGUGCGGCAUUUCCUCUCGCAGUUGCAGCGGCUGAUCCGCUGGUCAACGAAACCUUUGGGCUUUGGGAAGGUCGACAUCCAUUCCUACAAAUAUGGAUGGGCCCGGGCACGUACACGGUCUUCCAGAGCUAUGUGGACAAGUACGGUCACGACGGGAGGUUCUGCUUUGCCAUGGUUCUUCCAGACCCGGACGGGAAAACCAGGAGAGGAUCAUGGAAUGAACCCGUCUCGAAGGAAGAGACUCUGAGAGUCAUUGACUGCCUGCCUGGUUGGUCAGAAGCGUUGAAAGCUCUCAUCAGGAUCACGCCCCCUGACACAAUCUUCGCUUGGCCACUGAGCCCGCGUAGUCCCAAGUGGUGCUGGCACUCUCCUGGUAUGCGUGUUCUUCAACUCGGUGAUGCGGCACACCCCAUGACGCCGACAGCUGGCAACGGCGCGACUCAGGCGAUCGAGGAUGCGAUUACUGUUGCCGCGUGCCUCGCACAUGCAGGCAAAGAUCAAGUCACUACCGCAGUCCGAGUACACAAUCUUCUGCGAGCAGAACGAGUGUCCUGUUGUCAGCUGAUGGCCUUCAUCAACGAUGAGCGCCUGGACAAGUUCGAUUUUGGCAGUUCCUCGAGCAACAAAUCCAGUAAAAUGACCUGGAAGUCCAACAAAUGGCUCACGUCUUUCGAUCCAGAAGAGUACGCGGAUGCGAACUACGCAAAAGCUGCUGCUAGUCUUUGCCCUGGAGGUCCCGAGUUUCGAAAUACCAAUUAUCCUCCAGGACACAAGGUUAAGCCGUGGACAGUCGAAGAGAUGAAUGACCUGCGGGAGAGGGGAUGUGAUCUCGAUUUGACCGGAGAUUGGAGCUGA